AUGUCUUACAGACCUCGCGGAUCCGACUUCUUUGAACCUGUCAACAUUAACCGGUCACACCCGUUAAAGCGCUUCUACAAACUUGAUCCUGAUGCUAACAAGAACGUGAAGUACCCCAUCUACUUAGCUCCAACGAAGCCAGAAGAAGCUGGAAAGUUUCGCCGAUUUGAGAACCCAGACCACAAGAAGAAUGAUCGGGGUCACUUCGGUGAUGCCCAAUUCAAAAAUCUAUUUCCCAAAGGUAUCGAUCAAUUCAACCACUUCGAUCUUAGUCCCGACUUAGGUACCGAAAUUGACGACGAGCUGUUCCAGCUUUCUGAAUUGACUGAUAAGGGGCGUGACGACUUGGCGUUGUUUUUGGAAACCAGAGGUUUGGGAGUCUUCCGGCAACAAGACUUCAGAGACAAAGGACCAAAGUUUGCUAAAGAGUUUGGUGAGUAUUUUGGUCCUCUUCAUGUACACCCAGUCAGUUUCUCUGCUGAAAAUCAUGCUGAGCUCUUGACGACGUUCAGACCUGCUGGUUCCAGUGAUAGGUACGACAGCUUUUACGAAGACAGCACUGACCUGUUUUACUGGCAUUCGGAUGUCAGUUUUGAGGUUUACCCCUCGUCGUUUCUGUUUUUUGUGGCCCUUGAGGCGCCUCCUCUGGGCGGUGACACGGUCUUCAUCGAUUUGAGAGAAGCUUAUCGUCGAUUGAGCCCAACUAUUCAGGCGUUUUUUGACACUUUAGUUGUGAUACACUCUAAUGUUUAUCAGAAUAAGUUGGCAGAGCACGCUGGUCAACCGGCUCGAGUUGCUGGAGAUUUGUAUACGAAGCAUCCAUUGGUACGAGUGCAUCCCGUUACUGGAGAAAAACUGUUGUUUUUUUCACGAGGAUUCAUUCAGAGAGUGGAAGGCGUUAAGAAGCAGGAGCUGGAUUUCAUUCUCAACUUUUUGGUACAACAUGUCACGUCCAACCCAGAAUUUCAGGUGCGGGCGUUACACCGUGGUACUGAUCUGAGAUCAGUGAUUGCGUGGGAUAAUCGGUUUUUGUUGCACACAGCCACGUUAGACUUCUUGAGACACAACACCGGUAACCGCCACCAUUACAGAAUUACUGUGUUGGGUGAAAGACCUUAUAACGAUGUCAUCGGUGAUGGCGAUGGAAACAAAGAUGAAGGUGGUUCCGAAAAGGAUGGAAUAAUUACCCCACCUGCUGAACAAGAAUAA